GCUCUUCCUCUUCCUCAUCCUCCUCUAUAUGAGGCUGCUGCCGGCUCUGGGCUCAGCUUGCCGCGGCAGCCAGAGGGGCUGGAGCUGAGACUGGAGCAUCCCUGCAUCCCAUCCCUGCAUCCCAUCCCUGCAUCCCAUCACUGCAGAUCAUCCCUGCAUCCCAUCCCUGCAUCAAACCUCUACAUCCCAUCCUUGCAUCCCAUCCCUGCAUCCCCGAGCGGGCUCAGGGCUGAAUCCAAGCGCCGAGCAAAGCUCCAGAGUCUCCCCAGCUGCCACAGCGGACCUCCCCGGUCACUUUGAGGGCAGCAGAGUGACCAGCAGAGUGACCAGCAGAGUGACCAGCAGAGUGACCAGCAGCGCCUUUCGGGGGCGAUGGUGCCCUUGGGCAGCCCCAGCCUCGCCGUCUGCGCCUCCAGCAACCUUCGCCUCAUGGCCCCGGGCCGCGGGUCCCCGCUGGCCUGGCUGAACCGGGCUCCCGAGUGCCCGCAGGGRCCGGGGGGMAGCGGGGGCCGGAGACCCAGCGCCGUGGAGCGGCUGGAGGCCGACAAAGCCAAAUACGUCAAAUCGCAGCAAGUGAUCAACCGGCGGCAGGAGCCGGCGCUGCGGGGCUCGCCCCGGCUGUCCCCGCACGGCCGGCGMUUGCUGUCCCGGCAGCCGUGCGGGGAGCUGUGCCCGGGCUCGGAGCUGGCCCGGGACGGGCCCCAGUCCCCCGUGUCGCGCCGCGGCGGCGGCAGGCGCCUGCUGAGACCCGACUCGCUCGUCAUCUACCGGCAGAAACGGGACUGCCUGGGCGGGGACAAGGAGAACACCAAGGGCUCGGGGCUGGUGCGGCGCCUCUUCCAGGGACCCCUCAGAGACAAAGCCCCCAGCUCGCCCCCAGCCAGGGCGCUGGGCGAGGCACCGCCGGCUCCCCGGAGCCCCGAGACCCCCAUGCUUUGGGCGCCCGCGGGGAAGGAGGAGGCGCGGACAGCGGGAGGCGACAGCGGCGGUGACAGCGGUGGCAUCUUGGCGCAGCCCCCCGGGACCCCCGGGAAGGAACCGCUGGCUCUGCGCGUGUCGCUGCCUCUCUCGGAGAAGGAGCGAUUCUUCAACUACUGCGGGCUGGACCGGGCGCUGGUGGAGCUGCUGGGCCGGGAGCGCUUCGGGCCGGCGGGCUGGGACAGCGCUUCGGUCCGGCCCCCGGGAUCCUGCGAGUCCGAGCCCGGCCGGGCCUCCCAGGGCAGCGAGGGGGACGCGGGGCCGGGCGAGGAGGAGCCGGAYCCCCGGCUGGGCUCGGCCGUCUCGGUGGUGGAACGCAACGCCCGGGUCAUCAAGUGGCUCUACGGCUGCCAGAGAGCCUGGGCGGCUGCCAAGGAAUCCACGGUGUGAGCGGGGACAGCCUGGCCGGGUCCGGGACACGCGUGUGGCUCCUGCGGGCCGGACGUGGCCCCUCGCCCAUCCUGGAUGUGGCCAGUGGGCUGGUGGCAGCCGUGGCCCCUGGGUGGCCACGAGGUCCCCAGGCUGAGCGCGGUGGGGACACCUGAGGGGAGGUGAGGAAGGGACAAGGGACACCCCCGGGUGAGUCUCUCCGUGGCCUCAGGGCUGGCAGGCUCCUGUCCCUCUGCUGUCACCCAUCUUCCCAUCCUCUCUGUCCCCAGCCCAGGGGGGUGGGAUGCGGCUGCAGCCCCCACUGACCAUCCCUGUCCCGCUCCAGGGCAGUGGGCAGAGCCCGAGCCCCCUGCCAGGGGCAGUGCCCACCCCACAGCCCCCUCCUCUCCAGCAGGGGCUGCUGGGGCCAGAGCAGCGCUCAAUAAA